AUGCCUGAUCAAGAAGAGCCUUCAAUCAAUCCUAAUUCAGCUUACUACCUAAGCAACAAUGAUCUUAAUGCAUCCAAGUUAGUCAGCAUCAUCUUCGAUGGAAAAUGCUUCAAUGACUGGAAAAGGUCUAUGAUGAUAGCACUCUCAGCAAGAAACAAAUUAUGUUUUGUUGAUGGAAGCCUCAACCAACCAGCUUCAAACUCUGCAAAUUUCAGAAUAUGGAACAGGUGCAAUGAUUUGGUGAUUUCCUGGAUUUUAGCUUCAUUAGAACCUUCUAUUGCUAGAAGUGUGUUGUAUCUUAAAACAGCUAGAGAGAUAUGGUUGGAUUUAGGGGAAAGAUUUUGUCAAUCAUCAGGACCACAACUUUUCUCAGUACAACAGAAGCUGUAUGACUUGAAUCAGGAAGAUGAUGAACAUAUUUCAAGUUUUUUCACUAAGAUUAAGUUGUUAUGGGACCAACUUGAUGGCCUAGAUCCUUUACCAUCUUGUGUUUGCACAGGUUGUAACUGCACUCUAACUCAGAAACUUCUGAAGUCUCAACAGGAUCAAAGACUUAUUCAAUUCUUGAUGAAAUUGAAUGAAAAGUAUGAUCAUUCCAAAAGCACCAUUCUGAUGAUGACACCUUUGCCAACAAUAUCAAGAGCUUAUGGACUUCUUCUUCAAGAAGAGCAACAGAAAGAAGUCAACAGCAGUAGAAAUCAUGGUUUGGAAUCUACAAUUUUUGCUGCCAGAAAAUUCACUGAAAAUAAAGCAUACAAACCAACAAAUUUCAUAGUGUAA